AUGGUGAACAACGUUAUGACUGAUGCUGAAAGGAAACAAGACCUGUGCAAGAAAUUUCCAAAGUGUUUUGAUGGUAUUGGCAACUUAAAAGAUUAUCAGCUUCACAUUCCAGUUGAUAAUGACAUUGAACCAGUUGUACAGCCAUUGAGAAGAGUACCGUAUGGGUUACGAGAGAAGCUUGAGAAGAAAAUAGAUGAGUUAGAAGAGUUGGACAUUAUUGAAAAAGUAAACACAACAAGUAAGUGGGUAAAUCCAAUUGUUGUCGUGCCAAAGAAACAUGAUAUAAGACUUUGUAUUGAUAUGAGAAGAGCCAACGAAGCAGUUAAAAGGGAGAGAUACCCUAUUCCAACAACAGAAGAAGUUUUGCAAGAUCCGAACAACUCGACCGUAUUUUCAAAGCUAAACAUCAAAAUGGCCUACCAUCAAAUUGAAUUGGACCAAGAAUCUCGAGAAAUGACUACAUUCAUGACUCAUAAAGGAAUGUAUCGGUACAAACGUCUUAUGUUUGGGGUCAGCUGUGCUCCUGAGAUGUACAAUAAAGUGAUUGCACAAACAUUGAGUGGUCUAGAAGGUGUGAACAGUAUAUUCGACGACAUUAUUGUACAUGGACGAAGUGAUGAUGAGCAUAAUGCAAGACUUGAAGCAUUGUUCGAACGUCUUGAACAGAAAGGACUUACGUUGAAUCUGGAGAAAUGCCAAUUCAAUAUGACUCAUGUAGAUUUUAUGGGCAUGGUUUUGUCAGACCAUGGAGUAGGUCUUCACGAAAGUAAGGUGAAAGCUGUUCUUGAAUCUAGGCAACCAAAAACUGUAUCAGAAGUGAAGAGUUUCCUAGGUCUCGUCAAUUUUAGUGGACGGUUUAUUCCAAAUCUCGCAUCUAUUGCUGAACCUUUGCGAAAGUUGACCAGAAAAGGACUUCCAUUCAUAUGGGAUGCUGAACAAGAGAACUAA